AUGUUGUCCUUCACCACCGCUUUUGUUGCUGCGGCAGUCGCAGCCGGCGUCGUUGCCAGCCCGGCGGCAUCUCCCGCCGCGCUCAGCAGACGCAAUACUCCCAACGGCCAAGGCACCAACAACGGCUUCUUCUAUCAGUUCUGGGAUGACGGCUCAAGUGGCGUAACUACCUACACCAAUGGAGCUGCCGGUGAAUACUCGGUCAACUGGCAGAACGUUGGUGAUUUCACAGCUGGCAAGGGUUGGUCCAAUGCCCAGCCCAGAACGAUCAACUUCUCUGGUAGUGUGAGCGCUUCGGGCAAUUUCUAUCUUGCCGUCUACACAUGGUCAACCCAAGGCGAGAACUACAUUCUCGAGGACUACGGCAGCUACAACCCUUGCUCUGCAGGCACCAGCAAGGGCACACUUCACAGCGACGGUAGUGACUACGAAGUCUGCUUGGUCAACCGCGGCAACAAUUACCUCCAGAACUGGUCGGUCCGCAAGAACAAGCGCUCAUCCGGUACCGUGACCACAGCCAACCACUACAACUACUACCAGGCCCAGGGUAUGACCCAUAACCCCCUGAGCGCGGCUGCGUAUCAGAUUGUCUCGACCGAGGGCUUCGGGAGCAGUGGUUCGGCCAAGAUCACCGUCUCCGAGGCGAGUGGCUCCAGCACGGGUUCAACAGGCGGUUCUGGUUCGUCGACGACCACCACCGCGUCGUCGGCCCCUACCACUGGCACCUGCGCCCAGAUCUGGGGUCAAUGCGGUGGCAGUGGCUGGAAUGGUCCUACUUGCUGUGCUUCUGGUACCUGUAAAGUUACCAACGCUUGGUACUCCCAGUGCGUCUAA